AUGCCUUCAGCCGAUCACAGCUCAGCUCCUCUGCUCUCACACACGCUGGCCGCUGCACCACACACUCAACACGAGAACUCCCUCUGCCCUGGUUUCACUUUCAUUUAUGCGGAAAUCAUCGGACCUGCGCGAGUGGACAACAUGGCGAGCAACGCGGUGGAGCCCAUGGACGUGGAGUCUGACAAUGCUAAAGUGUUGGAAGACGAAGCCGAGAUGAAAGUCUCUCUGAUGCUGCCACCGUCUGUGGAUUUUAAAAAGUUUAAACGCAGCAUGACCAUGACUCUGCAGACCUGGGCCAAUAAGAACGGAGUGAGCAGCGAAUUCACAGUGAUGGAGAUUUCUGAGGACGGAACUUCAGCUGUGAUCCGUGUCAGACCUGCUGCAGCGCUGCAGGAGCUUCACAGACUUAAUGGACAAAAAUUAGCCACGAAAGAUAAAAACUUUUUUUCUAUUGAUACAUGGAAUAUAAGCGAUGAGAGCAAAAGAGCUGAGGACGACCAGAGCGCUUCUCCACAUCUGUCGAGCAAACACCCAGAGGUUCCUUCAGACAAUGACGACAGUGAAAAGCCUCAUCUUGUUGCGUUGGGCCCUUAUUGGUACAUGAAGAACUGUUACCAGGACCAAUUACAGCAAAUAGAAAGAGCGAACUUCGUCACAAUCACCGAAAACGUUGCAGUUUCGAUCAAAGGCAACAAGAAAAACUCAAAUCCGGAAAAAGCGUCCAACGACUUUGCUCAGCUCGUACAAUCUUGCCUGAGUGAAUCCAGCCAAUCCCUGUCCAUCCCUCUCAAGAACAUAGAUCCGAACGAGUGGAAGGAUACGCUGAAAUUCCUCCAAACGACAGACCACAAAUGCCACAUUACGAUUUCAUCCAAUCGCAUUGAGAUACACGGGCCGCAGCCGUUUCAAACAGCCAUCGGAAAGGCCCUCCAACCCGUCAAAAUUACCACAAAUUCAACCGAUGACGAACGAAUGGGCGGCGAAUAUUCCAGGUUUCGUGGAAAGUCUUUCACAGAAGAUCGUAAAACUCCAAGCAAGAUCGAGAUAACUUCAAGUAUCAAGGAUCCGCUCGUCAUGGAAGGGUUACCAGUAGACGAUAUCUUCUGGGAGAUCCUUACAAACCAGCAUCAAAGAGAGUUCGACCAGAUAAAGGAGAAUUUUAAUGUGGGUUUUAAAGCAGAAGACGAUAGAAAUGGGAGUAAAGUCAUCAGAGUGCGUUCCAAUCGGCCUGAAAGACAUACGCAAAUGGAGAGCCACGCAAUCAGAGGGCUGCUACGGCUUUACCAAAGAGUGGCAACAAUGCAAAUCCUGGAAAACAACGCAGAAUUUGGCAACGUAAACGACGCUAGGUUCAGCGUUGACGAAGCUAAAGGAGCCAGCGGUAACAGCGAGACGUCGGGGGAUGGAAGCGGCAAAGAAAGGAGAGAGAGAAAGCAAAGCAACGGCAAAGACAAAACGAUUGAGAAAGAGGAAGAGAGUUGUCCAAUAUGCUUGGAUUUGUUCACCAAAAAGACAUCGCUGAAGUGUAAGCAUGAGUUUUGUAAAGACUGUCUCGACGAAUCAAUGAAAAACCAGGGAGAGAUUUGUCCCGUGUGCAAAGACGUGUUUGGAUUGGUGCGAGGAGACCAGCCCGACGGAACGAUGACGUGGUUUACAAGUGCUUCAUCUCUGCCUGGAUAUGAGCAAUGUGGAACGAUAGAGAUCAUCUAUAACAUCCCAUCUGGAAUUCAGACGGACAAACACCCCAGUCCUGGACGAAUGUACUCUAGUUUACACAGAAGAGCCUAUCUCCCUGACAACAGAGAGGGAAACGAGGUUCUGAAGCUGCUGAAGAGAGCGUUCGACCAGAAACUCAUCUUCACUGUGGGGACGUCCAGGACCACCGGAGCAGAGAACAUGGUCACGUGGAACGACAUCCACCACAAGACCUCCAGGAACGCCGGACCCGAGGGCUUCGGUUACCCGGACCCCAAGUACCUGAGCCGCGUGAAGGACGAGCUGAAGGCCAAAGGCAUCAAGUGA